UGUCAUACUGACCGUGUAUCUUGAGUGGUUGUGUUUUCGCUAUCGAGCAAAAUGUCUCAGGUGUAUGAAAACAUCUUUCGUGACGCUCUGAAAGAUUUCAGAGUUUCGGAGGAUGGCCUGAUUUCAGGCUAUUGUAAUUCGUUGGAGGAGGAAGACCAUGUGACUCCUCGUAAGAGAUUGAGGAUCAUGGAUACUAGAAAAUCCAACUGCCCAGCAACUUUAAAUAUGAAGUGUAUAAGGGUGUAUCCUGAUUACAGUAUGCACUCAGCAACUGAACACAGGGAUACCAAGGCAAAAGUUCUUGCAAGUCUACAGAAAGAUUUGGCAUUGCCAUGCCCGCCUAAGAGCUAUCUACGUUAUUAUUUGACUGCUUCCCCAGCAAGUGCACACACACAUGCUACUGAAAGUGUUGAAGCAAGUGGGUACAUACAUCCUUCACUUGUAAAGGAAAUCAAAAACUUAGUACUCAGUGGCACGACAUCUCUCAAAGUCAUUAAGUUGGCUCUAGACAGAUUUGUUGAAAUCAAUUUCACUGGGACACACAUACCAGGUCAAAUGAAUACUACCUUUUACCCCACAGAGAAAACUAUUUACAGUCACAUUUAUCGGACCCUUUAUGGUACAAAUAAAGUAUUGUUUGACGAGACUAGACUGCAGAAUCAGGUUGAUGAGUGGCACAAAGACUCGAGCAAUCACAUGAUUUAUUAUAGACAUUGUACGGGAGCCAAUGGAGAAGUGAAACCAUUACUUUUUUGCUAUCAGAGCAGUUGGCAGAGAGAUCUUUUGAAGAAGUAUGGGGGUAGUUGUUUGUUAGAUGCAACAUACAAAACAACAACAUAUGAUAUUCCUUUAUCUUUUAUAGCUGUGAAGAGUAAUGUGGGCUAUUUGGUUGUCGGUUUUUUUUUUUUCAUUCAGAUUGAAAAUGCAAGAUCCAUUCAUGAAGCACUAGACAUUUUCAAGGACUGGAACAAGGAUUGGAAUCCCCUCUAUUGGGUUACUGAUUUCUCGGAGUCAGAGAUAAAUGCAAUUGAGCAAGCAUUCCCUCAGACAAAAGUUUACUUGUGCCUUUUCCAUCGAAAACAGGCAUGGGGAAGAUGGUUGAAAAAAAAGGAUAAUCUACGUGUACCAAAUGACAUGAAGACAUUUCUGGAUAUGUGGCAAGAAAUUUCAGAAUCACCAACAGAGAGAGAAUUUAGAGAUCGCGUAGAAGAGUUGCGAACGCAUGAGGUUUCUCGGAGAAACGAGCGUGCAUGGCCAUACUUUCAGCAGCAAUGGCUAACGGUAUGUGAAAGAUGGGUGAAAGCGUAUGAGGACAAGGGCAGAUUUGCAACUAUUGACACUACAAAUGGAGUUGAAGCCAUGAACAAGAUUGUAAAACAUUUUUUCCUAAAACACAAUUCAGACAGGACUUUAACUGGGGUUACUAAGGUUACAAUAAACCAGUUUCUUCCAAGCCUAAUUAGAAAGUACUGUCUGCAGAAUUCUGCCAUCAAAGCUUAUAACAAAGAUGUUCCACUGUUUUUGCAUAAAAAACAAACAAGGUUGUGAAACAUGUCAUGCAGCGAUAUGCAUCAGCAAAAGUUGAGUUAACUGUAAGAUCAGUGAGUAGGAGAUCGGAUGGUUCAUUUUGUGUGGAGAGUGCAAAGUCCAAAAACUGUAAUUAUGUUGUAAACUUUGAUAUACCAGAUUGCACAUGUGAAGAUUUUCGGAGAUAUAAAUACCCAUGCAAGCAUUUCUGUGCAAUCUUUAUUUUUUACCCAGAGUGGGGUUUUGAUAAAAUGCCAGAAAGUUAUAAGACUAGUCCAUUAAUCUGUCUUGAUGAAAUGUAUGGGGUGGGCUUUAGAAGUGGCUCUUCAGUAAUUUCAUAUGAAGGCAGUAGUAGUGACGAAGCUGUUGAGGAGGCAGUUGAAGCAGCUGAGGAGGCUGUCGAGGCAGCAAAUACAGAUGGUGUUGUUCAAACCCAGAAUAUUCCUUUGCAGCAGUUUGAAGCAAGGGAGCUGUGUAAACAGAUUUAUAAUCUCACAUACAACUGCAGCAACAGCGAAACAUUACAAAAAGUACUUGAAUCACUGAGCAACUGUGUGCAAGAUUUGCAAUUAGCAAAUCCUGAAGUUGGUGGUCUCCCAUUGGCAGUGCCAUCAACUUCCAAACAAUAGCGAAGAACGAUGCCAAAAGCCUUACAAGAUCUGUCUUAAACACAUUAUAACUUCCCAUUUGAAGGGUAAGAAAUGACGGUUUAUUUGAAUUUUAGAUAGCUCUUUGUCUAUGUAAAAUACAAAUAAGCUCCGUCAUUUCUGAUCCUCGAGAUGGAAUGCUAUGAGGUCUUUAUGUUGGUCUCUGCUUUUAAACUUUGUUGCACAUUUGAAUUUCGAAGUAGCAGUAGAUAAAAUAUUAUAAAAAGGAUAGUUGCUACAUUUGUGUGUGUGUUUGUGAGUGAGCGAGUGUGCGCGCGCGCUUUUGAAAAGGCCCUUGUUGCCCGAAAGAUAAGUCCGACAGUCUUUUUGUUGUGCCUCUGCAUCUUCACCAUUUGGUGAGCAGCAACAACUAUCCUUUCCAUAAUAUUGUUACAUUCCA